AUGUUUUUCCCCGUUUUUAUUUGUUUCUUUUUAAAAUUCUCUAUAUAUUCUUUUCUUUCUUUCAAAUACAUUUUUAAAAAAUGUAAUUUCCCCUUUUCGCUAAUAAAACGUUCUGAUUAUUACUUUUUCUCCCUUACCUUCUUCUACCUUCUCUUUCUUUUCCCUUUGUUUUUCUCUUUUUCAACCUCCUUUUCUUUCCUGUUCAACAAUCUUUCUCUUUUAUUCCUCUAUCUUUCAGUUGAUCACUCUCGCCUGUUUCUAUUGUUCAUCUGCUACAUUUACUUUCAUUCUCAUUUACAAUAUACAUUCUUUCUUUUAUUUUUGUCGAAUCUUUUCUCUUCCUCUCCUUUUUUUUCUCCUCCAACUUUUUCAUUUUUCUUUCUUACCCUUCUUGGUCCUUUUCUUCACCUUUCUCCUCACCGUUUGUGCCUACCACUAAAUACUUUUUUUACCCAUCAAUUCAAUAUCACACAUCAUCAUCCUCUCUCUAGUCUACUUUUAUUCCAAUUCCAUCAUUACGCAGUAGAAAUUGCAGCAGUGGCAACAGCAGCAGCCGUCCUAUCGAUUUUACCCACUUCUCCUUUCUUCCUCUCAACUGCUCAGAUCUUUUAUCCAUUUUCCACUCCUUUUUUUUCUCUCACUUUCUCUUCUUUUAAUCCCCCGCCACAACGUUCAUGUCUCGCACCUCCUCUACUAUUGAGUAUUCAACCUCCAACCCUCUUUUCCCACCCAUAUACACCCUCGUCACGGGGGUGGGGGCAGCAAUGGCUUCUGUCGCUAGGCAACAAGUCUACCGCAUUAGAAUUUAUAUUGAUCCCGAUGUUCAGCUUUCUAGCUCGGCCUGUGUACGCUAUAGGCUUAAAAUGUCUCUCUUGUGAUAUAAAUAAGGUGUCGUGA